GUGAGGCAGGGAGCGGCCCCGAGCCCGGCCGGUCCAGGCCGAGCCCCUCGCUUGCAGCGUCUGGGCGGCGCUAGGCCCUAGCGAGGGCGGGGGGGCGGCCCUGAGCCCUGAGCCCCGAGCCCCGAGCCCCGGAGGCGGGAGCAGGAUGAGCCUGCCGCCGGCUGAGAAAAUGUCUGGCUGCACGGCGGUCGUGCCGUGGGACUGGGCCUUCGAGAACCGUCAGAGGCUGCUGGAGGCCUUGCUUUGGGACCCCCGCUCGCCCAUCUACGUGGAGAGCCUCCUGGAUGGUAUGACUUCCUUAUUCCUUGAUCUGGAUUAUCCUGCUCUGCGGAAAAACAAGAAUAUAGAAAAUUUCUUAAUUAGAUAUGAGAAAACUGUGACAAAAAUUAGAUGCCUACAGAUGAAGGCAGAAGAUUUUGAUGUUAUUAAAGUAAUUGGAAGAGGUGCUUUUGGUGAAGUUCAGUUGGUUCGUCAUAAAGCAUCACAAAAUGUUUAUGCCAUGAAGCUUCUUAGUAAAUUUGAAAUGAUAAAAAGAUCAGAUUCUGCUUUUUUUUGGGAAGAACGAGAUAUCAUGGCCUUUGCCAAUAGUCCCUGGAUCGUUCAGCUCUUUUGUGCCUUUCAAGAUGAUAGAUAUCUUUAUAUGGUAAUGGAAUACAUGCCUGGUGGAGACCUUGUAAACCUUAUGAGUAACUAUGAUGUACCUGAAAAAUGGGCCAAAUUUUACACAGCUGAAGUUGUUCUGGCUUUAGAUGCAAUACACUCCAUGGGCUUAAUACACAGAGAUGUGAAGCCUGACAACAUGCUUUUGGAUAAAAAUGGACAUCUGAAAUUAGCAGAUUUUGGCACUUGUAUGAAAAUGGAUGAAACAGGCAUGGUGCGUUGUGAUACAGCAGUUGGAACACCUGAUUACAUAUCACCUGAAGUUCUGAAGUCACAGGGUGGUGAUGGCUACUAUGGGCGAGAGUGUGAUUGGUGGUCUGUAGGUGUUUUCCUUUUUGAGAUGCUGGUUGGGGACACUCCAUUUUAUGCAGAUUCACUUGUAGGAACAUAUAGUAAAAUUAUGGAUCAUAAAAAUUCACUAAAUUUCCCAGAAGAUGCAGAAAUAUCUAAGCAUGCAAAGAAUCUCAUAUGUGCUUUCUUGACUGACAGGGAGGUGCGACUUGGGAGAAAUGGGGUAGAAGAAAUCAAACAGCAUUCUUUCUUUAAAAGUGAUCAGUGGAAUUGGGAUAACAUAAGAGAAACUGCAGCUCCAGUAGUACCUGAACUCAGCAGUGACAUAGAUAGCAGCAAUUUUGAUGACAUUGAAGAUGAUAAAGGAGAUGUGGAAACCUUUCCAAUUCCUAAAGCCUUUGUGGGAAAUCAACUGCCUUUUAUAGGUUUUACCUACUAUAGCGAAAAUUUGUUGUUAGGUAACUCUCCUUCAUCCUGUACAGAAAAUGAUUCAGUACAAUCAAGGAAAAAUGAGCAAUCUAUACAGAUUCAAAAAAAACUAUACUUAUUAGAAGAACACCUCAAAAAUGAGAUACAAGCCAAAGAGGACCUGGACCAGAAGUGCAAAUUGGUUAGCAAUCGACUAGAGAAGAUAACAAAAGAACUAGAAGAAGAGGUUACCUCAAGAAAGAAUGUAGAAUCUACAUUAAGACAGUUAGAAAGAGAGAAGGCUCUUCUUCAACACAAAAACACAGAGUACCAGCGUAAAGCUGAACAUGAAGCAGACAAAAAACGGAAUCUGGAAAAUGAUGUUAAUAGCUUGAAAGAUCAGCUUGAAGAUUUGAAAAAAAGAAAUCAAAACUCUCAAAUAUCUAAUGAAAAAGUCAAUCAGCUCCAGAGACAAUUGGAUGAAGCCAAUGCUUUGCUGCGAACCGAGUCUGAUACUGCGGCCAGGUUACGGAAAAACCAGACAGAAAGUUCAAAACAAAUUCAGCAGCUGGAAUCUAAUAAUAGGGAGCUACAAGACAAAAAUUGCAUGCUAGAGAAUGCUAAACUGAAACUUGAAAAGGACUUCAUCAAUCUUCAGUCAGCUCUAGAAUCUGAAAGGAGAGAUAGAACCCAUGGAUCUGAGAUGAUAAAUGAUUUACAAGGUAGAAUAUCUAGUUUGGAAGAAGAUAUUAAAAAUGGUAAAAUUUCACUAGCAAAAAUGGAGUUAGAGAAGAGACAACUACAGGAGAGAUUUACAGAUUUAGAAAAGGAAAAAAGUAACAUGGAAAUAGACAUGACAUACAAACUGAAAGUUAUACAGCAGAGUUUGGAACAGGAAGAAGCAGAACAUAAAGCUACAAAAGCACGGUUAGCAGAUAAGAAUAAGAUAUAUGAAUCUAUUGAGGAGGCCAAGUCUGAAGCAAUGAAAGAAAUGGAGAAGAAACUCAUAGAGGAAAGAACUUUAAAACAAAAGGUGGAAAACCUUCUGUUGGAAGCUGAAAAAAGAUGUUCAAUGCUAGACUGCGACCUCAAACAGUCCCAACAGAAAGUCAAUGAACUCUUGAAACAGAAGGACAAACUAAAUGAGGAUGUCAGGAAUUUGACCUUAAAAAUAGAGCAAGAAACACAAAAGCGCUGCCUCACACAAAAUGACCUGAAGAUGCAAACACAACAAGUCAACACACUGAAAAUGUCUGAAAAACAAGUGAAACAAGAAAACAAUCAUCUUUUGGAAAUCAAAAUGAGUCUAGAAAAGCAAAAUAUCGAACUUCGGAAAGAACGGCAAGAUGCAGAUGGACAAAUGAAAGAACUCCAAGAUCAGCUUGAAGCAGAACAAUAUUUCUCAACUCUUUAUAAAACACAAGUCCGAGAGCUUAAAGAAGAAUGUCAAGAGAAGACCAAACUUUGCAAAGAAAUGCAGCAGAAGAACCAGGAAUUACAGGAUGAGAGGGACUCCUUGGCUGCACAGCUUGAGAUCACCUUGACAAAAGCUGAUUCAGAGCAGCUAGCCCGUUCUAUUGCUGAAGAACAGUACUCUGAUUUGGAAAAAGAGAAGAUCAUGAAAGAACUGGAAAUUAAGGAGAUGAUGGCUCGACACAAACAAGAACUUGCAGAAAAAGAUGCUACAAUAGCAUCUCUUGAGGAGGCUAAUAGAACACUGACUAGUGAUGUGGCUAAUCUUGCAAACGAGAAAGAAGAACUGAAUAAUAAAGUCAAGGAAGUCCAAGAACAAAUGUCAAGAUUGAAAGAUGAAGAAACAAAUAUAUCAGUUAUUAAAACACAAUUUGAGAAACAGCUUUUAAAUGAGAGAACACUAAAAACUCAGGCUGUGAAUAAAUUGGCUGAAAUUAUGAAUCGAAAAGAACCUCCCAAGCGUGGUGCUGACACAGAUGUGAGGAGGAAAGAGAAAGAGAACAGAAAGCUACAUAUGGAACUUAAAUCAGAACGUGAAAAGUUAACUCAACAGAUGAUCAAAUAUCAGAAAGAAUUGAAUGAAAUGCAAGCUCAAAUAGCUGAAGAAAGCCAAAUUCGAAUUGAACUGCAAAUGACGCUGGACAGUAAAGAUAGUGAUAUUGAACAGCUUCGAUCACAACUUCAGGCCUUACACAUUGGUCUGGAUAGUUCCAGUAUAGGCAGUGGACCAGGGGAAGCUGAGGCAGAUGAUGGGUUCCCAGGUACAGUCCAUAUCACUCAGUCACAUACUAUGGAAUCCAUGUCUUUCACCUAUCAACGUUCUUCUACCUCUCUCAAUAUUGCUACUAAGCCUUCCAGUUCUCACAUACUUCUCGACUCUGAUUCUGACUCAGAGGAAGAAUCCUUAUCUUGUGCACCUAUUUCUUCGGGACCUGAUAGUGCAGAAUCAAGAUUAGAGGGAUGGCUUUCGUUGCCUGUACGAAACAACACUAAGAAGUUUGGAUGGGUUAAAAAGUAUGUGAUUGUAAGCAGCAAGAAGAUUCUUUUCUAUGAUAGUGAACAAGAUAAAGAACAGUCUAAUCCUUACAUGGUAUUAGAUAUAGACAAGUUGUUCCACGUUCGUCCAGUCACACAGACAGAUGUUUAUAGAGCUGAUUCCAAAGAGAUUCCAAGGAUAUUCCAGAUCCUGUAUGCUAAUGAAGGCGAAAGCAAAAAAGAACAAGAAUUUCCCGUAGAACCAGUUGGGGACAAAUCAAACUGCAUUUGCCACAAAGGACAUGAAUUUAUUCCCACUCUUUAUCAUUUCCCAACUAACUGUGAGGCCUGUAUGAAGCCACUUUGGCACAUGUUUAAACCUCCACCUGCUCUUGAGUGCCGACGCUGCCAUAUCAAAUGCCAUAAAGACCACAUGGACAAAAAGGAGGAAAUUAUAGCACCUUGCAAAGUAUACUAUGAUAUUUCAACGGCAAAGAAUCUGCUGUUAUUAGCUAAUUCUACAGAAGACCAGCAGAAGUGGGUCAGUAGGUUGGUAAAAAAGAUACCUAAAAAACCCCCAGCACCAGACCCUUUUGCUCGGUCUUCUCCUAGAACUUCUAUGAAGGUACAGCCCAACCAGUCUAUAAGACGGCCAAGUCGACAGCUUCCUCCAAGUAAACCAAGAUUGCUUGAUUUGGCAUUUAAGGACUGGGAUUGGUCAUUUGAUGAUAUUGAUGAGGAUGGUGAUGAUGAUGACGAUGUUUUUGAUUUCUGAAGAAAUAUAAUGGGCUAACUGCCUUCUGUGAAUGCAGUCACUAUCCAUGGUGAUCAUUUUCUGCCUGUUAUGAACAAGACUGAAAUGUGAUAUCCCCAAAUUUAUUAAAUGAAAGAAAGCUAUAUUUUCCUGAGAUUGAUAUAUAUAUAUGUGUGUGUGUGUGUGUGUGUAUAUAUAUAUGUAUGUAUGUAUAUAUGUAUACACACAUACACACAUACAUACACGUACAUACACAUAUAUGUAUGUAUAUGUAUAAACCAGUAGUUUACUUGGAGGGGGGUUGCAAUAUAAAUCGGUAAUAUUGGAGAGGUUUCCUCAGAUCUUUUAAGGUGACUGAUUAAACCAAGAGUCAUUGGUAACAGAAAAAAGAUACUGUAGGAUACCUGCCUCCAACUUUCAAAGCCUGGUUCUACAAAACUCUAAGUCUUGCUCUACAAAACUCUAUUGGACGACACUACAUUUCACAAGAGGACUGAGAAGAGUUGAAAUAAAAGCGAUUAUCUUUCAGCUUCACUGGAGAGAUUUCACCAGCAUAUUAAGGUUACCAGAAGAAUUGAGGAUUGGGAAAGAUUCUACCAUAGUGGUAUAGACUGCAUCCUUAAGUGACCAUUAUACUGUGUGUGUGUAUGUAGAUAUAUACAUAUAUACACAUAUAUAUAUAUAUGUAUGUAUGUGUAUAUAUAUGUAUGUAUGUAUAUGUGUGUGUGCGUAUACACAUAUAUAUACAUAUAUACACACACACACACAUAUAUAUAUAUAUACACACACAGUACUGUAAUACUGCAAGAGGAUUUUUAAGACUUUAUUUUUUAUACACAUUGAUCAGAUACCAUUACUUAUUACAGUUGCAACUAUGCACUUGUAUAUAAAGCCAUAAUGUUGAAGUUGAUAUUAUUCAUUCAUAUAUAUCGAAAAAAGCUGCAUGUCAGUGUGUUUGAGCAGUUAAUAUAAUGAAAAUUUUGAAGUUAAUCAUAUCAGUUUAAUAUUGCUUCAUGAUGGACAACCCUAUUUUGCCAUUUGAAUGCCUUAAUUUAAGUCCUUUACUUCCACCUCCCUUCUCCUAUCCCCAAAUCUCAGCCCACUCUAUUUAAAAUGAUAAAGGAAAAGAUGUUUACCAGCUGUUAGAAUACAAAUUUGCUUUGUGGAAGAAAAAUAGAGCACUAUUUUUACAUAUAAUAGUUAUAGCAAUGUCAGCCUAUUUUGAAUGUAUAGUGGAUGGGUUUUGUUUUUUCGGCAGGAAAGCAUUGGUUACCAGAAACAAUAAUUGAUAGUAUGAGAACUAACUUAACUUCAAUGUGUACUGGUAAUUUUUCAUCCAGCCCUUUUUACAAACCUCAGUAUUAUUCAGUGACUUUGUAUUACCCUCAUUAAGUGCUAUGAAGCUUUCUUUUGCCUUGUUUGUAUCCUGGCUCAAUUUUGUUUUGUUUUGUUUGUUUUGUUUUUUGCAGGGGGGAAGGGGAGGUUUCAUCUCUUACAUUUUUACACAUGCAAGUAUUCAAGAGUUAUCACAAACUUUGGGGGAAAAAAAACAAAACUAAAACAUACUGUAGAUAUAUCUUUAAAUUUUUCUAUGCUUUUCUCAAGGACAUGGCUGUGUGUAUUAUUUCAGUUGUGUGCUAAUGAGAACUAAUACCUGGGAAGAAAGGGCCUAGAAGCACUAAAUUGGAUUUAUUUUUAAAAUUCAAUCUUGCAUAAAAAUAGAAUUUUUGUGGGCCCAUUCAUGUAGUAUUCAUCACUAUCCCAGAAAAUUGCAUGUUUUAUACAACUACAGUAUUCAAGAUAUCAAAAGUAAAGAAAUUAUGUAGCCUCUAACUGGUCAGUGUCUAUAUCUCUAGACAUAUGGAUAUAGAUUGUAUGUUAUAUCUAUAUCUAUAUGUCUGUAUCUAUAGAGAGAGCAUGUGUGUGAUAAAUAAAAUAUAUCACCUAGACUUUCAAUGAAGGAAGCAGACAUUUUAUUGUUCCUUUCUCUAGGGACAACAUAGAAAUGUUUAGAAAAUUAGGACCACAAUUUAAAAACACUAUCAUGGGAAGCUGAAGAGUGGCCAUUAGCCCAUCAAUGUUUGAAAACUAAAUUUUCUCUCUCUCUUCUCUCCUCUUGCCCCCUUCCUCUCACCUUUAACAAAAUUGAUUUAUUGAAUCUGCACUCUUUUGUGUUGGCUGUGGAUCCUUAAAACUAGAAUGUGCGUGCCACUUCAUUUUCAAAUGUUGGUUUGUUGCAAUCUAGUUUUAAAGCACAGCAUGUUUUUUAAAGUGUGAAAAAAAUAUAUAAAAUUUAUAUAGAGUAAAUAUUUCCAUUCAUUAGACUUGUUUAAAUGAGACUGAAUGCAUAAAUAUUUUAUAUAAAGAUUUUGUUACAUUGUGGGAAAUUCUAUCCUAUUAUUCUGAAUUGGAGAGAAUAUAUAAAUAUAUAUAUUUUUAAAUAAACUGUUUUAAGGUGAAAUAGUUUUAAGUUUACACAUGGUAAUUGAAACAUUUGAAUAUAGAAGGCAAAAGUGGGUGUUAAAAAGUACAUUUUGGAAGAUGUAAAUAAUUGAGAGUAUGAAGAAUCAUGGCAUCUCUUCUAUACCGGGGGAAAAUGUGAAGUUUCUGAAAAUUAGAUAAUUUGCUAAGAAAAAAAAUUCUCUCCCAUGGAGAUUUUCUACAUUUCAUUUUAUUGACAUAGUCAGGGUUUAUAAGGUUGGUUUCCCAUUUCAAACAAUAAUAAUUUUUUUUCCUAAUUAUUAUUCCAGCUUCAGGUAAGAAUCUGCCAUUCCCCCCCUUUGUAACCUUAAAUCAUGCUCUGUGCACGUAUAUAGCUAUCCAAAUGCAAUCUCUCCAGCAUAUAACAUUCCCUUGGCAUGGAUAAGUGUGCCCAUCUCCAUUUUCCUACUGUCCUGGCAAGUCCCCAAAUUCUAUAAAUUAUUCCAUUUUACACAAUUCAGAUUAAAAUAUUUUUUUUAAUAUUCCCCAUGGACAUAGGAAUCAGGAAAUGCCAGGUAGAAGAGGAAUCUGUAGUUUCAUUGAUUUUAGUGCAAAUUUAAAGUACACAGCAAAUAAGCAUUUUCUUUUAUCCAUCAGAAAGUAAAAGGGGCCUGCAGUCAACUGAUGAAUAUAUAGGUAUGCCAAUAAAAAUAAAAUAAAGGGUAGCCUAUAUAAAAGCUGAGCCAUAGUAAUCUUCAGUGACUCAAUUUUUAUGACCCUAUACCUAACUUUAAAAUCCUUAUUGGGGUAGCCAAAUUACAUUUUAGGAAAUGAUGCUGCUGUUGAUAAUCAAGUCUUCUGCCAUCUUUUGUAGGAAAAUGGAGAUAAUUAUAAACAAUGCAUUGAUUUAUUAUUGAUACUUGCUUUAGAUUCUAUUUACGAUUUCUCGUGCCUAAGGUGCACUGGUCCAGCGAUCAGAGCAGAGCCAGGCACAUCUGAAUUUAUAAAUUAGUUUGCAUACCAGCAUUUGGCUCCUUAUUCUUGCCUUGUUUUGGGCCUCCUGAAAUCCCCAACUGUGUUGUGAGAAUACUGUAGAAUGUUUUGUAAAGCACUUUGAAGAAGCACUGAGAUGUUAUGCCAGGAGGUUCAGUCCUGUCUUCCUUCUUCCCCAUAUCUAUGAAUUUUAUUGGGAAUGGUUUUGAAUGAAUUAUAAAAUGCACAGCUUAUAUAAUCAGUACAAAAAUAUUUGAUCAGAUACCUUUUUUUUAAAAAAACACCAAACAAACAAACAAAAAAAGAAUUAUAGCCCCUGGAUUUAACUUUUGGAAACUUCUGUCGUAUCUUUGUAGCAUUGUGAUUGUAUCCUAUGCCUGCUUUUGAAAAGAAAAUAAAUAAAAGGAAUUGAGAAGUAUGCAUUUU